AGUAAAACAACAAAAACGGAAAAUUCUGGCGAACAGAAAAAGGAAAAAGAUUCUCUGAUGGUGAAUAAGAAAUUAAAACCAAAGCCACAAUCACCUGAAGGGUAAAUAUUAAUAUAGUUUAACCCAUUAAGUUGCAUUGCACCUUAAUGCACCCUAUUUUUAUUACCAACUCUGUCUAAUGCCAGAUGAUUUUACUCAGCUGUCAAAUGCUGUGCAGGAUGAUUUUGCUCUGUCUAAUGCCAGAUGAUUUUACUUUGUCUAAUGCCAGACGAUUUUACUCUGGCGCUCAAUGGGUUUAUCAGACUACCUAUUAUCAAUGACAGAGUCAGAAACAAUCUUAUUCUUCAAGAGGAGAGCACUGGUGCUCAAUAGGUUAAACCUUCUAUAACUACGAGUGUUAAUCAUUCACAUUGUGUAAAUUUUUUUUUAAUUCUUACAUCAGGCCUAACAUGGUUAUUCAUGUCUGUGAUGAAAGCAAGAAUUGUAAGUACUGCAACAAAAUUGGAAAUUAAAAUGGUUCUUUUAUCUCCCCCUGCUUAUCCUGAGGCGAAUUGGGGUUUUGUAAACCAGUGGCGGAUCUAGCCUCAUUUGCAAGGAGGGGUGCAGGUUUUCCAUGGGGGUGGUGCAUGAGGGAGCCUUACUGCCCACUCUCCUCUGCAGUCUGCAACGCUACUAUCCCAACAUUACCAUUAUUUGAGAUGGCCGAAUCUGCAUGUUCGCCGUUCUUAAACGUUUUACAUUUAAAUUUCGUUUAUAAAGUUUAUAUCAUCUUUUUAUCACGUAUGCGUGACUGGACAGUUGCCGUAGCCAAGUAGAGUAAAUUUGCUUAUUCAAGUACAAUAUAUUUCAAAAUAUGGCUGUAUAACAACCUCGGCAUGUUUAAAUAUUUAACCACGAUUAUUUAACUAAAGCUUUCUGAGUAUUAUGUUGUGAGCUCACAAAUCAAUUAAAUCGUUUCAAGAAAUCGACACGCGCUAACAGUAGAAGUUCCGCUAAUUGGCGCUAAAAAUUGCCGUAGAACGUAACAGCUGUCUAAGGCAAUUUUGACAGUUUCCACAGCAUUUUUCAAAUUACUGUAAUAAAACUUUAAUUUUGUUGUUACUUUGGAUUUUUGACAAGCUAGAAACAUGUCUACGUAUAUUUCUUUAAUGUUUUUUUUUUCGAAGAAAACUGAGACUAAAAUAGUGAUUUACGCAUGAUUUGAUCAUCUUCUGAAUUCAAGUAUCAAAAUAGUAAAGCAUUGCAGAGUGAAUAGUAUAAAAGUUGCACUAUACGGCAAAAAAUUGCCGUCGUUGCCGCAAUGAUCCACGGCUUUUUGUUCUCCCUCUACGGCAAUUGCCACGAUUGCCGCGAUAAUAUUCGAGCCCUGCUAGGGAGGUGCCAGACACCACUAGAUGGGCGUGCGCACCCCCGCCCCUGCACCGGCCGCCCCUGGUGUAAACCAUGCAGGCUUACAAUGGCUAUCAUCUUUGCCUUUAGUAAAACAAGAUUUCCUGUGCCCUCGUGACUUACUGGUCAGUGAGAUGAAAUAUUUCGCGGAAUAUCUCUCACUGGAACCACAACGUUGGGAGGAAGUAGAUAUCUCUGUUCAUUGUGACGUCCAGAUAUUUGAUUGGCUAAUGAGAUAUGUCAAACGUGACGUCACGAACAACGAUGACAAAGUACCGAAAUUAGGUAAGCGGUAAGCUUUAUGUUAUAUACAGGGUGUCUAAAAAAACGCAAUGGAAAUUUAACAGGCUGUUCUGCAUCAUAAACUAGCUUGGCUAAACAAUUCAAUUUUUACAUAGGACGAAAGAGCUGUUAUUUAGCUUUUCUAUGAUAUCUUUUUAAGUCAGUCGUAACGAUCAGAAAUGGCCACAUACUCGUCAAAUAGAAAUUGCCGGUCGAAAUAAAAUUCUUCCACCGUUGGGAAUUGAAAAUACAUUAAUCAUGGAAAGUUAAUCAAUCCAAAAGCAACGUGAGUCUGCUGCAAGCUAUUUGUUUCGUAAAACGUUUUGAUUACGAAUGUUAUCUGUUCAGUGGUUAAUUGAACCAUGUUUAAUAUUAUUGUCUCACUAAGAGAAGAUUGACGAGUUGAGCUCAUUUUAGAUCAUUUAACUUUCAUUCAUUCCCUCCUAUGUGGAAGAAUGUGAUUUCAGCCGGCAAUUUUUAUUUGACGAGUAUGUGGCCAUUUCUCAUCGUUACGAUUUAAAAAGAGUGUCGUUGAAAAGCUAAAUAACUGUUCUUUCGUCCUAUGUAAAAAUUGAAUUGUUUAGCCACAUUUAUGAUGCACGACAACCUGUUGAAUUUCCAUUGCGCUUUUUUGAGACACCCUGCAUACUGUCUCAUCUUGUUUUUCUCGUGUCCCUGGCUUUGUUUACCGACAACAAUCCAUAAGUUUUACCCGUGAAGCAAAACUGUGAUAAUAGCGGCAGUUAUUCGACACGUCUGCGUCGUAGACGUUCGACACGUCCACGUCGUCCGCUCCCUAUUACUGAACAGUGGUAUUUCGAAUUUAUUG